AUGCUACUGCCCACUAAAUCAAGCUCAGAUAUUUUUAUGAGCAUCAAACCCGAGCACAUGCGCAACAUUGCUUCAGGUGCGAAGAACCACGAAUACCGAGGAUAUCUCCUCCCGCCCAGUGUUCGCCGCAUCUGGUUCUACACCACUUCUCCCGUCAAACGACUCGAAUACGUCGCUCGUAUAUCUGCAGGGAAACCUCCCGGAAAUGUGCCAAAUGACGAUGGAAUCGGCAAUGCAGAUUUCAACGCCGGCAAAAAGAAAUCUAAGUACGGAUACGAAAUCAUUUCUCUGUGGAUGUUGAAGGAAUCCAUCAGCUUGGAAAGGGCGAUUUCAACAAAUAUCCUGAAAGGAGCGCCCCAAAAAUACUGCUGGGUGCCAGUUAGUCUGAUAAGGAGCCGCCCACUGGAUGAACAACACCGGGUGAUUUCGAACAUAUCGGAGGAUCACCCAGGGGAGCGGAAGAAGGAAACUCGAUAA